AUGCGCUUUCGUCUCUUGUUCCUUGCGUUGAUACCAGCGGUCAUUGCAAGUCCGUCUCCUGACGGGAACAACAGGGAGGUCGACGUCUCUUCGAACGUGGAACCAAUUACAGCCACUGUCUUCGUAUAUCCAUCCACAGAUGAAUUCAGUCGUGAUCGCCACGAUGAAGAGACGGAGUGUAACUUAGAGGCUUUCUACGGAGAUCGUGUCGUAAAAACCCAAGAUUCCAAUGGAAAACCGUGUUGGAAGUUGUCCCUGAUCGAAGGCGAGACGGUUGACGAUCUCCGGGGUUGGAGGGACAUCGAUAUCCCCGGUGUGAGCUACGAGGAGCGGAAACUGAGAUUCACGAAGAGGAAGGUACCUCCAAAACCGCCAACAUAUUGGGCAGUAGCCAAGGAUCCGGAUGCCACCGAGGAGAAUGCAAAGAUUUUCGCGUACCUCAAGACCAAGACCAAGCCUGGGGAGGAUAUCUAUGAGCUCACAUGUUACGGAGGACUGAGAUGGGGCCCGCUGGAUUUGAGUCCAGAGGGCGUUUUGGAAGUGACGCAGCAUCCCGGCAUCCUCCCAGAAUUACAUGUAUCGCUGCCGCUCAUCAAAUGCCGAGCUGUUUCUAGAGAUACAUCGCACUAUUCCAUUCUCACUGGCAACGACGAGUUAUCAUCAUCCUUGUACGACCCAGCAAAGAUGAUCGCGAAGAGAUCGAUCACUUGGAAGAGACAACAAAGAGCCACGAAGGAUUUGAUGGAGGACAGCAGGUACGAUGGCUUGGGUGGUAAUCUGAAAAGCUUCAUCUACGAUGCCAACGCCGGAAAGGGCACUUGGAUAUACGUCAUUGACCAGGGUGUGGCAGUUGGCGUAACUAAUGGCAACCUCAAGGAUAUACACGAACUCGUCGUUGAUGUAGAGGACAUCCUACAGACCGAAGCCUCCAAGUUGAAGGGGCAGUCGAGAGGCACAGAUGACGACGCACCACCUGAAGGCACUCCUGCGGAAGGCUCACACGGUACAAUGAUGGCUUGUAAAGCUGCGGGGAAACGAUAUGGCAUAGCUAAGCAAGCCAAGAUUGUCCCUGUCAAGAUACUCCAUACCGCCGAUGAUCUCCUCUUAGGGUUGAAAAUCGCUUUCGCCGACAUACGCGACAAAGGUCGAGCUCUCAAGAGUGUUGUCGUGGUUUCUCAAGCCGUUCCUGGGUCCACUACGCGCGACCAGGCUUUGAAAACCGAGAGAGGAAGGGAUUUCUUGAACGCAAUCAACGACAUCAUUGCACUUGGCACACCAGUCGUCCUUGCAGCUGGCAAUGAGCGUGAUGCAGAUGAGGGCACACGCGAGGACAUCGAUUUGCUGCCGCAGGUUUUGGAACAUCCGGACAUGACGCCCAUCAUCAAUGUCGGUGCCGCGAAAAUCUCGGGAGAUCGAGUCGAAGACUCGCAGGGGGGACCUCAGCUAUCUAUUUACGCGCCUGGCAACCUGGUCUUUUCUCUUUCGAGGGACAGCAGAAGUGAAACCUUCCAGGGCACCUCCGUCGCUGCUCCUGCUGUUGGAGGACUUAUUGCGACAUACUUAGGAAUGGAGGAUAUCCCUUCCGAGUUCCGUGACUCAACCGGAAUUGAGCGAGUCAAAGCGAUUCGUGAAUACCUCAAGUCCGACAAGUCAAGCUGGGUGCAUAAACCAGGGACCGAGGUUCGCAUGAUCUGGAACGGAGCAGACGAAGACGCACAUCGCGUCAGAUUCGAUUGUUACCCGGAGGUCAGUAGCGAGGAUGAUGGUACCGGAUCCAGUGACUGUCUUGAAUACAUGCCUGCAACCCCGCCAGUUGUUCCGGCUCCCGAGCCAGAGUCCGUAUCGGCUGGCUGCAGCGUCAAACCGUCGUUCGGUGGUGGGGAGUAUACUGUAUGGGGGGCAGGGUGGGCAGACGACGAUGGCGCGAGACUAAAGCAAGACCUUGGUGGUGCUGGCGGCGGAGUCCAAGACUUCGUCUUCAAUCGAGGUGCCGGAGAUGGAGGACGUGAGUGGACGGCUACAUUCGUCGGCUUGUUUGAAGCUUUGGAUGCUGAGGGUGUCAUCGAUGCUGUUGCAGGUCAUGGAGUCAACGUGGUGUGUGCUGCUGCUUGA